GCGGCGGCCGCGGCGGCUGCGCUGGAGAUGCAAGAGAGCGUUUUGCGAGAGCGAGCGGAGGCGGAGGGGCGGGCGAGCGCGGCGGCGCGGAGGGAGGCGAGGGACAGGGCUGCGGAGGAGGCGCGCUCGCAGCGCGUCGCGUCCGCGAGCGGCGCCGCGGAGGCGCUGCAGCGUAAGCACCGCGGCGCGCUGAAGAAGCUGCGGCAGGCCACCGAGCUGCAGUCUGCCGAGCAGCUCAACGAGGCGCAGCGGGCCAAGCUGGCUGCGCUUCCUUCACUGCAGGCCGAGGUCGAGGCGCUGGCGGCCGAGGCGGCCGAGGCGGCCGAGGCGAGCCGCGCCGUCGAGGAGGCGGCGGAGGCGGAGCGGCGAGCCGAGGCUGCGCGGCGCAGCGACGAGGCGCGGGCGGAGGCCGAGGAGGCGGCGCGGCGGGAGGAGGAGGCGCGCGCCCGCUGGGAGGAGAGCGAGCGCAGGACGGCGGAGGCGGCCGAGGUGGCGAAGGCCCUCUCGGUGGAGCGGUUUGCGUACGUGGCGCCUGAGUGGCGGUGAGGACCCACAUCCAGAGAUUUGUGGCGGCGCCAGAUUCGCGCCUUCACUGUCUCUUGAGUCGAUAUGUCGCUGUGUGCCUCUCUUCACUGUCUCUUGAGUCGAUAUGUCGGGUGUCUGGAGCCUCGAUUUUUAUCGAUCAUCCGCCCUCCAAAA